AAGGACACACAUCGUUCAUCCAAUAACUUCUCCAAUCAUGCUUCAGCUGGUCUUGAAGACUUCCCGUGUCACAUGGGUGCGUUUUUCCGCUCUGGUGUUCACUUGUGUGGCGUUUAGCGCGGCAUCUUAUGGAGGGUUGGUCACCGGCGGCAUGGCCGACUGGAGCAUCUUCUGCUGGGCUUUCAGCUUCGCCGGGACGCUGCUGGUUUUGGUGGUGGAGCUCAUGGGUCUCCAGUCUCGUGCCACUGUGUCCUGGAUCGACUUCCCUGGUGCUUUCGCCUGCUAUGCCUUGCCUUUUUGCCUGUAUGCGUCUAUCAUCAUCCUGCUGUACUUCCUGAAGGGUGAAGCGAGGCAGGACGAGGUGCGAGACCACCGGAUCGCCUCCUCUGUCUCCUCCUGCCUGGCCACUGUGGCUUAUUUCAUCGAGGUGAGUCUGACACGAGCACAACCGGCUGAAUUCGCCACCCAGUACAUGGUGAAGGUCCCUGGCCUGGUGAAGGUUUGCGAGACGUUUGUGGCCAGUGUCAUAUUCGUGUUUGUGAGCGACCCCGUCUCGUAUGACAGUCACUGGGCUCUGAAGUGGUGCAUGGCUGUGUACUGCAUCUGUUUCAUGAUUUCGGCGGCCAUCGUGGUGAUGUGCGUCGCUGGAUGCACCGGGUGGAUGUCAUUCGACCGCUUCCUCUCCUUCUACAGUCUGUUGGCGGCCGUCAUGUACCUCACUGCCACUAUCAUUUGGCCGGUCUUUAAUUUUGACAGCCGUUUUUCGAGAAGCUCAAGCCGACCGGACUACUGCCGAAACAGUCACGGUUUGUGUCCGUGGGAUAAACUGGUGGUCGUAGCCGUUCUCACCGCUCUCAACUUCCUGAUCUACCUCACAGAUCUGGUGUAUUCUGUCCGAAUGCUGCUUGUCAGGGAGUGAGAGAGCAAACAGUCAUCGUUUCCUGAACAUUGAUGAAAUCUACACACUCAGAAAUAAAGGUACAAAAGCUGUC